CCGGAUCAUGUUUCCAUCUUCUCAACAAAAUCCAUCCAAAUGAUCACCUCCUCCGCUUCUCAUCAUCAGCGCCUCCCGCCACCGCCUCCCGGCCUCCUCCGCAGAUCCGUCACGUGGCUCUUCCUCGCCCUCCUCUUGAUCUACCUCUUCUACUCCGCCAAAGUCAUUCUCAUCAAAGACUACUACUCCUCAUCCCCUCCAUCUGACUGUGGCACCAACAACAACUAUGAUGAUCAUCUCCGCCGCCUCUCGGUUUCCUCUCCGCCUCCUCCUCCGCCUCCCCCGUCUCCUCCGCCUCCCCCUCAGCGUCCCUCGUUCCGCGACAACACUGAGCUCAAACACGUCGUGUUUGGGAUUGCAGCGUCGUCGAACCUCUGGGAGAAGCGGAAGGAGUACAUAAAGACGUGGUGGAGACCCGAGGAGACGCGAGGGGCGGUUUGGCUCGACAAGAAAGUCGAGGUCCAGAACAACGAGGUGUUGCCACAGAUCAAGGUCUCUGGCGACACCUCGAAGUUCAACUACACCAACAGGCAGGGCGACAGGUCGGCGCUCCGGAUAUCGAGGGUGGUUUCGGAGACGCUGAGGUUGGGGAUGGAAGACGUGAGGUGGUUGGUGAUGGGAGACGACGACACGGUCUUCAUCGUGGACAAUGUGGUGAGGGUGCUGAACAAGUACGAUCACAACCAGUUUUACUAUAUCGGUAGCUCGUCGGAGAGCCACGUUCAGAACAUAUUCUUCUCCUACGCCAUGGCGUACGGCGGAGGCGGGUUCGCAAUUAGUUAUCCUUUGGCGAAGGAGCUCGAGAAAAUGCAGGACCGGUGCAUCUCGCGAUAUCCGGGGUUGUAUGGCAGCGAUGAUCGGAUUCAUGCUUGCAUGGCUGAGCUUGGAGUGCCCCUUACCAGAGAACCCGGAUUUCAUCAGUAUGACGUGUACGGGAACUUACUAGGUCUACUAGGAGCACAUCCAGUGGCCCCGCUUGUCUCGAUCCACCACCUGGACGUGGUGGCACCCAUCUUCCCAGACAUGAGCCGAGUGGAGAGCUUGAAACGCCUCUUCGAGUCGGUCAAGCUUGACUCGGCCAGCAUAAUGCAACAGUCCAUCUGCUACGACAAAGAGAGGUACUGGUCCAUCUCCGUAUCAUGGGGCUACGUCAUUCAGGUGAUCCGGGGCAUGGUUUCUCCCAGAGAGCUGGAAAUGCCACCGCGGACCUUCCUGAACUGGUACAGAAGGGCGGACUACACGGCAUACGCGUUCAACACCCGGCCGGUGACGAAGCACCCCUGCCAGAAGCCCUUCAUUUACUAUAUCAGCAAAGUGAGGUUGGACAGGAGUAGGAAUCAGAUCAUUGGGAUUUACUAUCGCCAUAGAGAGGCAUACCCUUAUUGCAGGUGGAAGGCCGACUCCCCUCAGAAUAUUGACUCCAUUGUCGUCUUGAAAGAGCCUGAUAGCGCUAGAUGGGAAAAGGAGGCUUGGCCCAACUAGAGGGAAAAAUAUGCUUCCAGAAAUCAAAGGAAUCGCAAUGAGAUAUUAGGAUCAAUUUCAUGGAUGAACUUCCUCGUGUGGUUGGUGAAAAAAGCAAACACGUUCUUUUGUGAUUGUAGUAAAUGGGUGAAAGAGUUUUAUCCCCUGGAUUCUAUGCUAAAAUGGACCGUGUUGCACAAGAAAGGCUAGAUACCAAGAUUAAGUUUGAUGUAGUUAAAGCUCUGAGACUUCAAUGUUCUACGUUAUAUGAAAUUGGAGAUUUAGACUAAAGGAGAGUCGAUGUAGAGGCAAAUCAAAGGAAGAAGUAUGCAUCUAUGAGAAGAACUGGCAAUAUUGGCCGUGAGCAAUGGGAAUGACUAGUUUAUGAGCGCAAAUUAUACCAUGGGAUCGGCCCACAGUGCAGAUGGUGUGCCGAUCCCAAAACGGUGCCAUUUUGGUUAGUAAAAAUCAGUCAUCUUCUUCCGACUUGAAUGGCCACGACCGGUUCUUGAGCUCCUCCCCAUACUGAAAAAUCUCAGGCUCAACAUUGGAGCACACUGAUGCUCUUUUCAUGGCGUCCAUGUACUUCAAUAUGAAAGCCAGAGCUAGCAUCAGUACCCACUCUAGACCGACGUUGAGAGCAGAGAACCCAUUAAAUGGCCUCAGAAUAAUAGCACUGUCAUCCCCCCUAAUGUAUGACUUGAGUUUCCAAGGAAGCUGAACUCGGGGCUCCUAAAGUUGGGAUUGGAUUUCGGGGAUAGUCAUCCAUGGAAAAGUUCCUACAUGGGAUUCAAAUUGGGAUCAAGUUUCUGCGGGGGAUUGGGUUUCUACAGGGUAUAGCCAUCCAUAAGUUACUGCAGGGGAUUGAGAUUGGGAUUGGGUUUCUGCAAGGGAUUGGGUUUCUACAGGGUA